GGAGACUCUGGAAACCUUCAACGCCUCCAAGACGCAAAGGCGUGCAAGCAGAAUGGAGAGACUGGAGGCGCUGUCAUAGGUGGUAGGUGGUAAUCCGGAAUGAAGAGAUUGAGUUCCACGGCAAUCAAAUAAUCCUUGUUGGGUCCCUUCCCCCAUCCCCAUGGGCUUUGUGGGGAGCCGGAACCCCACAACUCAGGCUGGCGGAAGGGGAGUCCCGCAGUCAGGAGGCCUGCAGUCAGGGCUGGGGUGGGGGCUGUGGCUCUGGCUGAGGGACGUCAGGGUCACCGUCCCUGACUUUACCUCUGGCUGCCAAGACCUGGAGCGCCCCUUUUCCCCCAAUACCCCUCCCCUUCCACUCCUUUCUGUUCUUCACGCUCGCGCGGGAGUGCGCCCAGGCCGCGGCGCGCCAGUGCACAGGAGCGCGCCCCUCGGCGCGGGAGCGCGUCCCGGCAAGAGCCUGAGCAAGAUGGAGGCCGCGCAGAGGACGUCGCCUGGGCCGAGGCAGCCACUGCCUGGAGCACCUAGCCCCGGCGCUUGAGCCCUGCUGGUCCCGGAUCACCUGCCCCGACCCGGCCCAGCCAGCCCCCAGGUCCCCAGCUCCGCCUCAGGCCCCGCCCUUGUGAGUUCCUUGACUCAGGGCUGCUUCUCGCCUGCGUCCCCAGCUCCGGCCCCGCAGCCUGGUGGUCUGUCUUGGGCCGGCGGCCCCCUGCCAGCGGCCGCCGCCGGCCCCGCCCCCGGGCACCAUGCUGCCCUCGCAGGAGGCCUCCAAGCUCUACCAUGAGCACUACAUGCGGAACUCGCGGGCCAUCGGCGUGCUAUGGGCCAUCUUCACCAUCUGCUUCGCCAUCAUCAACGUGGUGGUCUUCAUCCAGCCCUACUGGGUGGGCGACAGCGUGAGCACUCCCAAGCCUGGCUACUUCGGCCUCUUCCACUACUGCGUGGGCAGCGGGCUAGCGGGCCGAGAGCUCACCUGCCGGGGCUCUUUCACCGACUUCAGCACCAUCCCGUCCAGCGCCUUCAAGGCGGCCGCCUUCUUCGUGUUGCUUUCCAUGGUGCUGAUUCUUGGCUGCAUCACCUGCUUCGCUCUUUUCUUCUUCUGCAACACCGCCACCGUCUACAAGAUCUGCGCCUGGAUGCAGCUUUUGGCAGCCCUGUGCCUCGUCUUGGGCUGCAUGAUCUUCCCUGAUGGCUGGGACGCUGAGACCAUCCGGGACAUGUGCGGGGCCAGGACGGGGAAGUACUCCCUUGGAGACUGUUCGGUGCGCUGGGCGUACAUUCUGGCCAUCAUCGGCAUCCUCAACGCGCUCAUCCUGUCCUUCCUCGCCUUCGUGCUGGGCAACCGGCAGACGGACCUGCUGCAGGAGGAGCUCAAACAGGAGAGCAAAGAUUUCGUGGGCACUACAGUAAGUUCUGUGUUGCGGCCUGGAGGCGACGUCUCUGGAUGGGGAGUCCUGCCAUGUCCCGUUGCUCAUACACAGGGACCCUGAAAGCCAGGAUUGUAGCUCAGGAGUUGGCCUGACCUCGGCAUAUUCCGUCUGCUGCCCUCCCAUUCCUGCGUUCAAGCUCCAGACCCAAAUCUCGGACUGACUGCACAUGAACCUCCAGACUCCGAAGAGAGGCAGGGUUGGGUGGCAUCCUGGCAGAAGGCAGGGGCCCUUGAGAUCCUGAGAGAGCCUGACUCCGGCCCUGCCUCCAUUUGACCUAAGGGAGCCUGGGUCUUCCUCUCUGGUCCCUUGGUUUCUUUCUCUCCCGUGUAGACUAUCUGGAGGUCUCCGAGGAAUCCCAGGGGAAGGAGGACCUGCAGUGCAAUCUCCUCGGACCCCUUCAAGUCUGGAGGGCCACCUGCUGCGUCCUUGCCUCCUCAGUCCCGGUCUCCUAAAGAGACUUAUUCAAGACACUGCCCCAGGAGGGCCAGACUCUUUCCUACUUUAUUUUUAUUUGCUGAUGAUGGUCCCACCACAUCUGCCACAAAGCUCCAGGUGCCACCAGCCCCCCCGACGGGGCCUCCUCUGACUCCCAAAUUCAAGCCUGCACCCAGCUCUCAAAGGAAUCUGAGCCUUGCUGAGGGAGAAAGCACAGGGUCUUCCUUUCUGCUGCUGGUAGUCCCUCCUUAGCUCAGAGUCUGAGGGGAGACACGGGCUCUGGAGGCUGUGGGAGGAGGCAGCUAAUCGCAGCAGCUGCAGCUUCCCAGCCUGGGGCUGGCCUGGCCUCUUCUCCACUGGGAUGGCUCACCAGUGACUGGACUCACGACCCAUGACCCAUGACCCAGGCCUGUUUUGUACAUCAUAGACUUCUCGGGCCCACCGUCAGGGUUGGUGGCUGUGGAGAGAGGCACAGAGGCGGGGAGUUAGAGGAAACUUCUCCCCUUCUCAUGCUUCCUACACCCCGGACAUCUGCCAAAGGCAGAGACUGUCUUGCGUCUUUGAUACUUUUCUGCCUAACUUGAACUUGCAGGUCACCUCUGAACAGGGUACCCCUGUCCCCAGCCCAGACCCUGUUACCCGGUCCCUGCCUCUUUCUUCUCCUUGCCCACUUCUCGCCUUGUGAUAUGCCCAGGGUCUGUAACCUCAUGGGCAGUGCUUGGAGCUGAGGUGUGUGUGUGUGUACGUGUGAGUGUGUGUGCACGUGUGUGUGUGUGUGCACGUGUGUGUGUGUGUGCACGUGUGUGUGUGUGUGUGUGUGUGUGUGUGUGUGUGCACGCUCGAGUGUGUGUUCGAGUGUGUGUGCGUGUGUGCUAGGGAAAGGCAGAUGAGAAGCUCUCUCUUUUUCUCCCACCGUGGGGGCUACUCCCUCCCCCUCAGCAGAGAGAAAAUGAGGGAGAGUCCAGGUGAUUUUUUUUUUUUUUUUAACCAUCCUUGGUUACCUAACUGGUGGCAGAGCCAUCCAGUCAUGGACAGGCCUUCAGUCCCCCGUGGAGAGGGUGGGGCGGACUACCUUCAUCUAGCACCUUGUCUCCUGGGCCACCUGCUGCCUGGUCCCUGUGUGGAGGAGUGUGUGCCCCCUAGAGGCUCUACAGGAGGCUUGUCACUUCCGUGUGUGGUGUGGACCUCAGCUGCAGUUGGAAGAGUGGCUAGUCCAUGAAUCUGUUGUCCUUGUGUUCAUUUUCAUAGGACUUAGAGCUGAGAGUUAGGACUCCCGUGCAAGACCCAUGACCUAAGCCUGCCUCAUCAGAACCCUAACUGGAAUCUGAUGCUGGUUCUUGGCAGGAUUCCUGACACCUGGAACUCUCCAGGCCCCAAUUCCACCUUUCCCCACAUCUCCUCCAGGGCAGACACCUUCUCCCAAGCUUUGACCACUGCCCUUGUAUAGCCCCACACUUGUCCCCCGCCUGGUCCCUUCCUGGAGCCACAGCACUGGAGCCAUCUUCAGCAGGUGGCCAGGAAACUGGGAAUGGACAGGGAGGGCUGGGGAGCCUUGUUUGAGGGGGAAGAGAGUGGGAGUCAGUUCUUCAGAUUCAAACCAGAGGAGAGGGGUCAGGUAGUGAUGAGAAGGGCCGGGAGUGGGUGGCUGAUUGGGAAUGAGGCAGGAGCAGAGCCACAGAAGCAAAGAGGAGACAGGCAUGUUGAGGGAGGGACAGUGGGGGGGAGGGAGAAAGAGAGAGAGUUCCAGGAGGGGUCUGGAGAGACACAUGCAGUGAUGGAGAAGGAAAAGUGAAGAAUUGGAAAGGGGCUUCCACGGAUGGGCAGCCAAGGCAGGUGUGAUUUGCAGUAAGGAAGAAUAAGAAGAAAGAAGGCAGUAGGAGGGUGAAGAAGAAACACCAGAGUUUGAGGAGGGCAGCCACGUGGGUGCUUGAAGAAUCUGUUCCCCUAAGGACUCCUGCUGCCCAAGGGGUCCCUUGUGCUUUGGUGGGCAGGUUAGAAUUGACCCAUAGGAGGCCAAGUGGCUGGAGGUCUGUGGUCCAAGCAGCUCUGUUCCUUUGUAGAGGAGUGUGUGCAUAUGUGUAAGGGAUCAUAGAAGUGGGGCAAUCAGGCUGCUUCGGAGGAAGGAAACACCCUGCACCUGGGAGGCGCAGCAUGGAGUUUCAGGCCAGUGGGUUGAAGUCUGCAUUCUGCAGGAGCCCCAGGGCAGCAUAGGGACAGAAGAGAGGUGGAGUGGGGACCAAAGUGUGUUCUUGAAGACUUAUAGGGAUAGAGAGAAUGGAUGCCUUGGCCAGGAACUCAGCUGAGGCUCCCACCCACCUCCUGGCAGCUGACAUGGUACAAUUAGGCCAGGUGAGCUGGCAUUAGCCUUUGGGAAAGAAUGGGCUAUGGAGAUCAAUGUCUCUGGCUUUGGGUCCCUGAAAAUCCUGAGGAAGCUGGAUGGGCAGGCUAGUGUUUGGUGUUUGUGGCUUUCUUUGCUCCUGGCAGAGGGUGGAGAAAGGAGCUAUAAUCUCAAUGUGGUCCAGUCGCUGGUCCAAAGCACUGUUUAGACUAGUCCUUGGGACCCUGGGAAGUAGAAUGCUCUCCCCUAAGGAUCAGAGCUAUGGAGGAAAGCUUUCCCAAAGGCACGAGGAUGUGGGGCAAGAUGAGCAUCUUUCUGUGGCCUGCAAGAGCCAAGGUGAUGGCUUGCAGAUGGUGCUCUGCGAGGAGUUCAGGACUGUUUUAAAAGAGUCCCACCUGAGCACAGAGGGCACUAGCCCUACCUGCUCCAGCCUCUGGUGUGCACCAAAAAAAGGAAACCCUCUUUUUGGAGGGGCUGGGCUCCUUCUAGUACAAGGGGCUUCUGUGGGUUGUCUGGCUCAGAGCUAGCUUUUGGGUGGGACUGGAGUCUCCCUGAGAGGAGAACAGGAGCUGGCAGCUCUGCAAGACCUGUACUGUGUGUUAGGGUAGCUUGGUGUUGUCUACGCCCCAUUAGUAAGUUCUGUCUGAAUGUGUCCUCGAUGUUCAUUGUCCAAUUUGGUAACAUUUCUUUUGGUCCCAACCCCUUCUGCUGCUGCUGGAUUUGAGCUUCAGUGCAGGUGGAAUGAUGUUCAAAUAAAAACACAGUUUAUAUCA